UAAUAUUAUACGACGAUUCAAUGUCAAUCCAGCAGUUACCAGUGCAGUCUACAUGAAUGCUAUUAACUGGGGGAGUCAGCCCGCGGCGAGCUCCAUUGUUCCAUGCAGAUUGCUUAAACACUGUCCAAUGAUGGAAUCUCAUGCAAAAGAUCCCGACCCCCUACCACGUCUAGUGCACAUCGGCGAGAUUGAAUUCAACCUAGGUGAAGUGGUCACAGGCGACGCAACCCCACAGGGGACUUCCAUGUUCUGCCCGAUUGUUGGUGGUCACCUCAAAACCGUCUAUCCAUUGCCAGAGGGUUUCGGAAUUAAUUCAAAGGCCACCGAAGGUCUUAGGGCGGAGGUCCUUCCAGGCGGUGGCGACAAUCCGCUGAUAUACAAUAACGAACUUGCGCAAAUUAAUGUCAGUGUUAUCGCGAAGGGUCAAAACAAUGACCACGAGUUUGGCAUUACGUCUUUUGGCUUAUGCGAGUGGAACAAACUCAUUUUCGAUAUGUUUAAUCAGAACCCCGAAGCACGAUCCUCAGAGAUGGGAGAAAUCAAUGCGUGGCAAGUGUUCCGCAUCAAAACCGAUAGUCCAGAGUACUUCUGGCUCAACUGGGCUUGUAUUAUUGGACAAGAAAAAGUGAUUUAUAAAGACAGUCGCCUGUCUACGACUCACAUGAAAUUAUUCCAAUUUCUGGUCAAAUAAGAACGUAUUUUAAGUCUUAUCACAUCAUGAAUCAAGACUGUUGAACUUCAUAUUGUUGUUCUUGCGAUCGCAUUUAGUUCGUGAUUGUUAGCGACAGAUGUUGAGCUACGCCUUGUGAAAUAUAAACUGUCCUUCUAUUAUCUUGUAGAGAUAAAUCUCCCUAGAACGCCCAAAAAGUAUUUUCAUAUAUAUCAUUCUUGUCCCGUCCAUCUUUCAUAGGUUGAUGGUCUGUCCCGCAGCUCCGCCUCGGGUUCUCCGCACGUGGUGCUGGAAAUUGGGUAAGCAAAGACGUGCAUCUACGUGCUGAUGUAGUCAC